AUGGCCGCCACGACCUUGUCCCCGUCCUCAUCCUCCCCUCACGGUGACGACGACCGCCACAUCCCCACCGCCCUAGCCCUCCCUGCCGCGACCGCCGUUGUCGCCACUGCCGCCCGCCGCCUCCUUCCCCUGUACAUGUGUUGGUCGCCUAACGAGACGACGACCCUUAUUGACGCCUACAGGGACAAGUGGUACUCCCUCCGGCGCAGCAACCUCUUCGCCAACCACUGGUACUCCCUCCGGCGCAGCAACCUCUGCUGUGCUGCCCCGGCACGCCCCCGAAGUCUGCCGUCCAGUGCCGCCACAAGAUGGAGAAGCUCCGCAAGCGGUACCGCUUGA